AUGCAACAGGACAAGAUCUUGCUGUUGGGCGACUCGCUAACACAGAGAGCUUUUGUUCCUCAGCAGCUUGGAUGGGGUGCUCAGUUGGCCAACACUUAUAUUCGCAAACUGGAUGUCAUAAAUAGAGGGUUUUCAGGCUAUACUACUGCAUGGUACAAGGAUAUUCUCCCAUCUAUCCUUGCAGCCGAGACCAGUGUGAUCGCAGUCCAUUCAACAAAUACAUCAAUUCAAAAGAGUUCUUCAAACAUUCAACUAGCAACAGUUCUGCUAGGAUCUAAUGAUGCCAGUUGUCCAAACUUAUGUCCUACCCAGCAUGUACCUCUUGAAACCUACAAAGCCAAUUUGGAUGCAAUUCUUACUACAAUCCAAGAAACCACUCCUUGCACUCGUAUUGUACUAAUGACUCCACCACCCGUACAUGACAGCAAGUGGAAGGCUGAAAGACAGGCAAGAGCAAUGCAUCAAGAUCGCUCUUUAAUAGCUGUACGACCCUAUCGGAAUGCAUGUAUCGAACUGGCUAAAAAACAUCCUCGUGUUGCAUUACUAGAUUUAUGGACAGUGUUUUUAGGUCACGAUGCUGGCAAGCUUGUGGAUCAGAUCUUGCUUCACUCAUCUAAUCCUAAACAUCAUUCUGACAGCAAUGAAACCUCUAGUUUGUCUGAUUGUCUGUUGGGACCGCUGUUUGAUGAUGGGCUGCAUUUUGACACUCUAGGCAACUGUAAAGUGUAUGACGCUCUUUUAGCGCUGGUGCUCUUGAAAUGGCCUGAAUUGGAUCCAUAUACAAUGCCACCUCUCUUGCCAUUCUGGGAUCAGAUUAAAAAAUCAGACUCUAAACCAUUUGAAAAAUGGAUCAAGUAGAUACAACCCAGCCCGACUUUACCCAUCAAAUAAAACCAUAGGCUUGA